CAAUUUCAUUCAUUCAUUCGUUCAAAAAACUCUAAAGAUGAAAUCAAAACAAAUCCAAUAAAAUAGUUUUGUUUACUUUUUUAUUAGUUUACUCAUUGAAUGUAUGUGAAAGUAAUAACUUUAGGUAUUAAGUGCAACUUUCCAGUUGCUCUGGAUUAUUUUAGUGCGGUAGAAUCUCAGCAGUAAAAAGUUUCAAUGUAGAAACCGCUAAUACUCCCGUUACUCGGUAUUCGCAGUGAUAUCCACGUCAGAAGUGUAUACAAGUUAAUAAAUUUAUCGUGAUGGGUCGGUCUAAAGGAUACCAGGAUCUGGAUGACAGCCACAUACGGCCACGGUCUCCGGGGCCGCCGAUGCCACCACCACAAGAGAUUGAAAUGGCAUCGGUGUCCGUAGUCCCUGACGACACUUUCACUGUGACUCAAGCAGUAAAUGCUCUCGGGUUUGGCUGGUUUCAAGUCAAACUGUCACUUUUCACCGGACUAUGCUGGAUGGCGGACUCUAUGGAGAUGACUAUAUUGAGCAUCUUGUCACCAGCUUUGCAUUGUGAAUGGAAUAUCAGCAAAUACCAGCAGGCACUGACUACUACAAUAGUGUUCAUGGGAAUGAUGUUGAGCUCCACUUUCUGGGGGAACAUCAGUGACCGGUAUGGAAGGAAAACUGCACUAAGUAUGUGUGGUGUAUUACUGUUCUACUAUGGCCUGCUGAGCUCAAUAGCUCCAAACUUCCUCUGGUUGUUAUUCCUAAGAGGACUAGUGGGCUUUGCUAUUGGAUGUGUACCACAAUCUGUCACAUUGUAUGCAGAAUUUUUGCCAACAAAACAGAGAGCAAAGUGUGUUGUACUUCUCGAUUGUUUCUGGGCGCUAGGAGCUUGUUUGGAAGUAGCUCUGGCGCUGGUGGUGAUGCCCACAUUAGGCGUGCACUGGCUCCUGGCAUUAUCAACUAUACCACUGCUGUUGUUUGCUCUUAUAUGCCCUUGGCUUCCUGAGUCUGCAAGAUAUCAUGUAGCCAGUGGUGAACCUGACAAAGCUUUGGCAACAUUAGAACAGAUAGCUCAAGACAAUGGCCGACCGAUGCUAUUAGGUCGUCUGGUUUGCGAUGACUCAGUGGGGAUAGGCCAGCGGGGCAGACUGAAGCAUCUGCUCAUUCCACAUCUAAGGAACACCAGUUUACUGCUCUGGUUUAUAUGGAUGUCGUGCGCGUUCUGCUACUACGGGCUGGUGCUGAUGACGACGGAGCUGUUCGAGUCGGAGGGCGGCGGCCUGGAGCAGCCCUGCGCCGCCGACUGCCGCCCGCUGCAGACCACCGACUACAUGGACCUGCUGUGGACCACGCUCGCUGAGUUCCCUGGUAUAUUCGCAACAAUAUUUAUCAUCGAGAAGUACGGACGCAAGAAGACCAUGGCUACACAAUUUGUUAUAUUCGCAAUGUGUGUCUGCGUUCUCAUAUACAAUGGAAAUCGUACAUUCCUGACCUGCAUUCUAUUUCUUGCAAGAGGAAUCAUUGCUGGUCUGUUCCAAGCUGCUUACGUUUAUACUCCAGAGGUUUACCCAACAGCGCUAAGAGCGACGGCGGUGGGCGCCUGCAGUGCCGUCGCUAGGCUCGGAGCUAUGAUCACACCAUAUGUUGCACAGGUGCUUCUAAAGAAUUCCAUAGUAAUAGCUACAAGCGUAUACUCUCUGGUAGCAGUGUUAGCGGCCGGAGCCUGCCUCGCGCUGCCCAUUGAGACCAAAGGCCGGGAAAUGAGAGACACCGUCACGGUAACCAGCUAGACCAAAUAAACAUCCAUAUUUCAAAAUAUCGGUCAUUGUAAUAACACCUUUAUUGGUAUUCGUAUUAGGUUACAAAUUCAACGAUCUUCGUUCAUUAUUUUAUUGUACUUAAUAUUUUUUGGAAUCUCAAUCGUGUAGUAAAUUAGCGGAAAUUCGCGAUAAUUCGAUUGAGAACACAUUGAUCUUUGUAAGCGUUACGUGCAUAUUUUUAUCACGGAGGUUUGAAUCUCAUAAGUUUUCUAAUAUAUACUCUAUUUUUAUAAGUCUACUAUUAUAUUUUAUACAAGUAUUAUUUAUACUAUGUCUAAUGCAGCUAACUUCUAACAGGUUCUAUUCCUGUCGUUUUUAUAUUUAAAUGUUAUUUCUUACUAUUAAGUAUACAAAUGUGUCUUCGAAUGUACGCAAUACUUUGUCUUACCCGUUAAUAGUAUUAUAAUGACUAACGGCCAGUUUCUUCAUCAAAAGUUAAAGUAAUGUCUAAAGUUAAAGUAAUGGUCAAAAUCGUUUUUUCAAGGCUAAAGUGACAGCAAAACUAAUAGAAAAAUUGAAUUUGACCGUUACUUUAACUUUAGACAUUACUUUGGCUUUAACUUUUGAUGAGGAAACUGGCUGUCAAUAGUUAGUGUAACAUACUUAAUUAAAGAAUUAUAAAGACUGCCAAUACUUAAUAUCAAGAAAAUAGGGCAGUCUCAUAUAAUUUAUGUCAUUUUUAGAAACUCCUAGAAUUUAAGUAAAAUAUGGCUUAUUUCCCAAAAGACUGCUUUUGAGUAUGUGCCUAAUAUGAUUAUAGUAAUAUGUAAAUGCAAAUGUACUUAAAUACUCAUAACUAAUGAAUGAAUACUCAGAAAUGUAUCCGUCCUGUUUAUUGUCUUCCAAUACUAUGUCAGUAUUCAUAAUUAUGUAAUGGCGGCUCCAUAUUCGUGCUGCGUAUGUACUUAGGCUUAUAGCCUUAUAGCUAUUUGGAAUUCUGUUAUAAAAUCGUCGCAUCAGACGAAACUUUAUUUAAAGAUUUAGUCAUAAAGCUACAUUUUAUAGGCUAUUUUGAAGCCAUGUAUUCACUGAGAAACAAUUGUUUAUAAACACUGUUUCAGAAACAAUAUCUACGUGUUUCUGAAACAAAUAUUUUUGUUUCAGAAACAUAGGUAUAAUUUUGUUUCUGUGGACGAUGUGGACGGCAGAGUUUCCGAAACAUUGUUGCUGUAAACAUCUACGUGAUGUUUCAGAAACUGAGUAUCUGAAACAUUGUUUCCCAGUGAAUACAUGGCUUUAUACGUGUUAAUCGACAAUAUUUUCCCAAGUCUGCAAAACUUGGGUAUUGUAUAGGAUGACUGGUAAUUAAUAGUGUAAUAAGUAAUACUUUAACACGUGAUUCUACCCAUGAUAACAAACAACUUCCUAAAUCAAUUUUCUCUCUCUUUCUUAUACUCAUUAGUUUAAUCACAAUAACAGCUCUAACUAGCCACUAACAAUCUGUCACGUUUGGGCGUUUUUAAAGUCGGAAACAGCUGUUAUACUGUUAUCUAUAACAAUAAUAAAAAGUUUAUUAGGGAAAGUUUACAAUUAUGAGUACAAUCGCGUGUUCAAGUAUCGAUCACGAAUUACCAGUCAUAUGUAUAUGCAUUUUAUAUGUCAUUUUAUAUGACCAAUAUGAAUAUGAACAAUUCAGUGUACCAACGCCACCUCAUCAACUGCCUAGCUUUUUACUAUUAUGUUGGAAUAGGCCGGUCCAGCCAGAUUUAACAUGGGCAACAAGAUAUCUCUCGGUAUGAUUGAUUGUCAGACUUCCUGGUGCUACUACUAAUAAUGAACAAAUGAGAGCCGGGACACAAUUCAUCAUUCACUUCAAAUACGGAAGAAUUCCCUAUGAUAUAGAAGGAUAUCCAUCCACCCGCACAGUGACUCAUAUACAUUGGAAUUUGGUUCUUAUGCGAAUCUAAUUACGACUUAUAUUUUAUCACAUAACAAAAAAAAAUACAACUUUAUCGGCUUGAUUUGCAUUUUUCUGAACGAUAACUUCUUUAUCUCACAACGUGCUCGAUAACAAUAUGAUGAUCAUGUAAUUUCCAAUUAAAUAACAAAUACUUUCAUGAUUAUAAAAUUGAUGUGUAAUCUUUUCGAUUCCUAUUUUUUUUUCCUUGUGUAGGUACCUAUAUUCUAUCGAAUAGUCACAGUAACCAAUAUAAACCAAUCCAACAUUCAUGAAAUUUUCUAGUCUCUAGUGUUUGUACUCUCCCACUCAAAAUAUGUUCAACAUCGUUAGGUUUCUGGCGUUCUCUAAGUAUCGAAUUGUUAUUAUAACUUAAGGUUGUGAUAUCGUUAAAUAUCCAGGUGCUAUAGGGGUACCUGCUUUACUACGAAAUAUUUUAUUCAUGUAAUAUUUGUAACAAGACAAAGUAAUUUAUACCUAUCAUCAUACAAAAAUACUAUGGCUAUUGUAAGAUUUGAAGUUACAUCUACAGUAACAUCUUUGAAAGCAAUUUCUAAAAAGGAGAACUUCCCGAUUCGGCAACUUUUAUUUCUAUGCAUUUUUCAAUUCAUUCAUCAAAUUCAAUAGCAUUCAUAUGUAUUUUCUUCAAAUUUUCAUCUAAAGUUAAUUUAAUUCUUUGUUCAAUAACGUCAAUCAGGGUUUAUGUGUACAAAUAGAGAAUGUAACAUUUAUUGUAAACCUAGCAAAUCUCUUACAAUUAUUUUAGUCUGAAUAUAAAUUACGAUUAAAAUGUAUUUCGAAAUAAUAUUAAUUAAGCAUAAAUGUGACCAGUUUUAUAAUGUUCAUAGACAUAAUAAAAGUUUUAUAUUUAUAUAUUAUGCUAGUAAAUAUUUUACGGUGAUAUAAUCACAGCUGUAACACCAAAUAUAUUUAAAUGCUUAUAAUAUUUAAUGUUAAGUUUUACACGAUUUUAAUAAACAACACUUUUGCACAAUUCAGGUCU